AUAUCCUCAUGCCUGAGCAUUAUUUCUAGUUCUUUUCUUGUUCAUCUCAGAAACCCCAACAAUGGCGAGAAAAUGGGUAGUCUUUCCUCUCGUAUUUAUAGUUCUCUUUAGUGGGUUUUCAUCAGUUUUUGCCACCCCUCCUGCAAAAAUUGUAACUUCUGUUGCGUCAAAUGUGGUCUCUGCCCUCGUAAAAUGGCUAUGGUCUAUGAAAUCAACAACCAAAACAAGUGUUCCUAGUGGCCGUUCCAUGAUCAAAUUUGAAGGAGGGUAUACCGUGGAGACUGUGUUUGAUGGAAUCAAGCUUGGAAUUGAACCAUACUCUGUUGAGGUUUCCCCUAACGGGGAGCUCUUCGUUUUGGAUUCUGAGAACAGUAACAUAUACAAGAUCUCAAUGCCAUUUUCUCGAUAUAGCAGGCCUAAGUUGGUUGCCGGAUCAACUGAAGGUUACACUGGACAUGUUGAUGGUAAGCUGAGAGAAGCAAGAAUGAACCACCCAAAAGGGCUCUCAAUGGAUGAUAGAGGAAAUGUAUACAUUGCAGAUACUCUGAAUAUGGCUAUCAGGAAGAUCAGUGAUACAGGAGUCACUACUAUAGCAGGUGGAAAAUCGAGCCGGGGAGGAGGGCAUGUUGAUGGUCCAAGUGAAGAUGCAAAAUUCUCGGAUGAUUUUGAUGUAGUUUAUGUUGGAAGUAGUUGCUCUCUUCUGGUUAUAGAUAGAGGAAACCAGGCAAUUCGUGAGAUCCAACUUAACGAAGAUGAUUGUAGUUCACAUCAGUAUGAUGAUAAUUUUCAUUUAGGCAUGGCAGUGCUUGCUGCAGCUGGAUUCUUUGGUUACAUGUUGGCCUUGCUGCAGCAAAGGGUGGGAGCAAUGUUUUCUUCCGAUGAUGACUCAAGAACUGCAAUGAAGGGAGGUACAAAAGUGGCACCAUAUCAGGGGCCUCCAAAAUCAGUCAGGCCUCCGUUAAUUCCAAGUGAAGAUGAACCUGAAAAGCCAGAAGAGGGCUUCUUUGGUUCGGUUGGGAGAGUUGUCCUCAACACUGGCUCAUCUGUGGCUGCGGUAUUUGGUGGAUUGUUUUCGGGCUUCAGGAAGAAGCCCCACUAUUAUCAGCUCCAGCACCAGUACCAGCAACCAGACAUACAUUCCAAUGGAUGGCCUGCACAAAUGCAAGAGAGCUUUGUGAUUCCAGAUGACGAUGAUCCACCCCCAAUGGAAACGCGGGCAACUACACCAAAGAAAACCCAUCCAUUCAUGAUGAAGGACCUUGAGAAAAAGCACCAAAACCAGUCAUACUACAACAGGUUGGAUGUUGGAUAUCAGCAACAUCAGCAACAGCAGCAACUGCAAACGAAGAUGCAGCAGCAGCAACAACGACAGCAGCAGCACCAUCAUAGGCCUUACUCAUCAAACCCACAAACUUAUUAUGAGAACAGCUGUGAAACAAAUGAGAUUGUUUUUGGGGCAGUACAAGAACAGGAUGGAAGGCGUGAAGCUGUGGUGAUAAAGGCUGUAGACUAUGCGGAUCCACGGUAUAAUCACCAUAACAUUGGACCCCGAAUGAAUUACAUGGGUUACUCCCAUGGCUAUUGAUCAAAAUCCAUUACCAGAUAUAAAUCAAAGGGACUAUGGCCAGUGGAAGAGGCUUUACAGUUUCUUGUUCCCUCUCUGAGAAGAAAUGUCCAGUUUUUAAAGUUCUUUCCCGUGAAUAUAUUGUCUACUUAGUUUUCCAUUAAGCAGAAAUCGAGGGAAUCAAAUUACUACUUUAUCUUGUGCUCAAUCAAAGGUCAAACAGUACUGAUUCAGGAAGCAUAAACUGCGAUAUGGUAUAAGGUCUAUUGUCCCUUCAAGUUAUGCAAUUAAGAAAUAUAAUAGAACGUUUUGC